AUGAAAAUAAAUGAUGUACCACACAUAGUGUGGAUAUGUGCGAAGAAAGAGUCAGGAGAGAUUCACAGUGCCUUUUGUACCUGUACAGCAGGGUAAGCGAUUUCCUUUAAAGUAAGUGAUUUUAGUAACAUAUAGCUACCAGUAUGUCCCUCACAAAAAUUCCUAUAUAGCUAUAUAGCUCUACUGGAAAAAAGAAAUAAAUUAUCCUAGUAGUUCUGCAUUAGAAUAAGGAAUCAGAGUACUUAAGAAGACACUCGAAACCACAAUAUACACUGUAAUCGUUUCUGUAGGUUGGGUGGUUCUUGUGUCCACAUUACUGCCAUGUUCUUUCGCAUUGAAGCAGCUGUAAGAGGUGGAUUCACAAACUUAGUAGUGGCAUGCACUUCAAAGGCCUGCACAUGGAAUGUUCCCUCCCAAAAAACUGUUAUUGAGCCUGUUCGUGCCAAAGAUAUAAAUUUCAUAGCAGCUAAAUUCAACAAAGGUGUGAACGCUGUAUGUUAGCUAAUAUAGGUAUAGUUCUUAUUUGCAUAUUGUUAGACUCUCGUCAUCAUCAUCAUUAUCAACAGAUGCUCUCAUGGACAGGGUUAUCAACAUGUUCUUAACCCUAAUAAUGAUGGCUCAUAGUAGUCAGAUGUAAUGUAGGUAAUCCGUGAUUGAAAAAGAAUAAAAAUAGAACACUGCACUUCUUUUACACAUGCCGGUGUAAGCAACUGCUGACGUCUGUAAAGAAUCAGCUCGCUAAUGACCUUUGCAAACUGAAACUAUAGAAGAGCCACAAUCAAAAUAUUAUACAGAAACAAGCAUCAAUGGUUCCUGGAUAUCCCUGGCCAUUUUUUUUAAAAAAAAAAACCGACCGAUUCUUUGUUAGCUGAAAAUUUAUUCUGUGUAGACAACAAGUGAUCCUGUGGUUGUCUUUUUAAUACAGGUUUCACUAUAUUGCUGGUCUUAUGUAACAUAUAAAAAUUUUAACUCUUGGGGGAAAUAGAAAUAUUUAAGACUGUAUGAUGAAAUUGUACUUUUCAGGGAUUUUUGUUUAUUUAAGACAAUCUGUUGUCUAAGCAGGAUUUAAUAACUUAUAGGGUGCGUGCAUGCCACAUCCUUUAAAGGCUCUUUUAAAAUGUAUGUGAAUUUCUUUCACAGAGGCAUCAAGGCCAGCAGUGUCUGCAAAGCGAAAGUUGUUUGUUCCAUUGAAGGGAAAGGAUAUCGACACCCAAGGGAAUAAUCGCAAGCAUAUGUUUGAAGAACUUAAGAAGACACUACCAAAUGGUUGUUUUACUUCAUUUUAUGAAAGGGACUAUGAAACAGAUGUCUCAUCUGAGGUUCCUGUUGUGUCUAAUGCAAAUUUACUUACCAAAUUAGCUACAACUUGCAAAAGUGUGGAUGAAUUUUUGUCUCAAAUGCCUGCACUUACAGAUGUGCAAGUUCAGCAGAUAGAAACCGAAACACGGGGACAGGCAGACAAUGCAAUGUGGGCUAAUCAGCGCAAAGGCAGAAUCACAGCAUCAAAUUUUUACUAUGUUUUUACCAGAGUUAAUACCAUCAAGGCUAACCCUUCAAUAAACCAUAAUGUAGAGCCUCUCUUAAGAAAAAUCAUGGGUUAUGAUGCAAGUAAAGCACAUAACAUUCCUGCUUUAAAUCAUGGUAAAGAAUAUGAGCCCAUUGCAAAAGAAAAGUAUAUAUCUUUAAUGAAGUGCAAUCACAAGGAAUUCACAUUCUCAGAAAGUGGGCUAUUUGUUGAUUGUAAAUUGUAAAUAUCUUAUUAUCCACUCCCCACAGGGCUUUUCAGGGAUAAUUUACAACACUGGUUGGGGGACUUUGCCAGACUGCUUAAGGUGCAGUUUACAAGUACUGAAGGAAUGAGUGAUGAUGCCCCCAUACAUGAGUGUGAAAGUGAGAUAGACCACUACACCGGGCACUACGUGCCCUACUCUUUACGAAGAGUGUGUGGGUUCUUUAACGUCCCACAGAUUUAUUACAUGUACAAGGGCUUGUGAGACGGGGCCUACGGUUUAUCGUCCUUAUCCGAGAAGACUAGAAAGUCUAACCAUUUGCAGAUGUUAUUACAAAGGCAGCACUUUCUCCUCAGUUCUUUAAAGACCCUGAGUGUUGGUCGGGCCGGGGUUUGAACCUACGGCCUCCCGCUCAGCAGACCUGCGCUCUCCCAACUGAGCUAACCGGGCGGCGGUUAGCUAACCGGGCGGCGGUUGAUCCAUCAAGACCUUACUUGGGGGCAUCUCCAGAUUUACUAGUCCAUUGCAGUUGUUGUGGAAUGGGAUUAUCAGAAAUGAAAAGUCCUUUUUCUAUUGUUAAUGAGAUAGCGUCUGCAAAAAAUCUCCCCUACCUUGUGGAACAUGACAAUGUCACAAUGCUUAGAAAAGAGCAUGCAUAUUAUGCUCAAAUACAAGGACAACUAGCUUUGGCCAGGAGAACGUACUGUGAUUUUUUCGUUUUCACCUGUGUUGGUUACUUUAUGCAACGAAUUUAUUUUGAUGAGAGUUAUUGGCAUAAGUUAGUUAACAACUUAAAUUUUUUUUUCAAGAAUUAUGUUGCAUCAGAACUUUUGUCACACUAG